AUGAGACAAUCCAGACUGAAGAUUAUCAAUCUUAAUCUAUGCAAUGGUGAGACCUCAGGGGACAUAGAAACUAUUAAAGUUGAGAUUCUUAAUCAUUUUAAAAGUUUCCUGGGUACCAGAAAUGAAAGGGGGACAAAUGUUAAGUAUGAUAUUCAAAGAGCUGGCCCUAUUAUUACUGAGGAAGAGAGCAACAGUAUGACUAUUCCUGUUUCUAAUGAUGAGAUCAAAAGAAGCUUGUUUUCAAUCAAUGAUGAGAAAGCUCCAGGCCCUGAUGGAUUUAUGAGGAAAAUCAACUCUACCAAUAUUGUUCUGAUCCCUAAAAAAGACAACCCUUGGUAUAUUGGUGAUUUCAGGCCUAUAGCUUGCUGUAAUGUCAUCUAUAAGCCCAUGAGAUCAUUAGGAAUUAUCAUAGAAAAGACAAUAAUUCUUGUGCUAUUAAAGUGGAUAUCCAAAAAGCCUAUUAGUCAAACUCAGUCUGCUUUUGUUCCUGGUAGAAGUAUUUCUGAUAAUAUCUUGUUAGCCCAUGAGAUCAUUAGGAAUUAUCAUAGAAAAGACAAUAAUUCUUGUGCUAUUAAAGUGGAUAUCCAAAAAGCCUAUGAUUAUGUGAGUUGGGACUUCAUUGAAGAGGCUCUCAUAGGUCUUAAUUUUCUUUAUAGUUUAUUAGCCUUGUUAUGUCCUGUAUUAGAACUUCUAUAUUCUCAAUCAUGA